ACAUAAAAGAGCAUUAUAUAAGAGACUACCAUCAGUUGAGAUACUACUGCAGUUGCUUUUUAAAGUUGACAAUUCUCUCUCCAAUAUUAAUAGACGCGUUGGUACUCUUCAGAAAAAACUAUGGCGAAUAAAAAUGAUAUUUUAUAUUUGUUUGAUCGACCUACCGAACCUUUAUUUGUCUCAAAAGGCGAUGAUAAUGUUUCUUUCGAAGUACCAUCUGAUUAUUUGAUUGACCGAUACAAACCACUGCAAUCCGACAUUCAAAAUCGUUUUCCCGGUGAUAAAACCAUCCCUGUCAAGAAGUUGAAUAAUAUCCCAGACCUAUCAUUGCCAUUAUCACUUCCCAGAAAUGCAUCGUUUUCGCUUUUUAAUCAGAGCCAUACUAAAAUGGCUUCAAGGCUCAUAGAAGUUUUAUUGGCAACAAAAUCGCUUGACGAUCUCAUGUCAUUAGCGGUGUAUUGCCGCGAUCGAGUCAACUCGUACAUGUUUAUUUACGCCCUUUCUGUAGUUAUGCUACAUAGACCCGAAACUCGUAAUUUACGAUUACCUUCACAUAUUGAAAUGUUUCCAAGUUUAUACAUGGAGUCCGGUGUUUUUUCUCGAGCCAGAGAGGAAGCGGAAGUAGUUCCAGUUGGUUCCAGAAUUGCAAUUGAAAUACCGCGAGAUUUUACCGCCACUGACCUAGACCCAGAGCAUAAACUCAGCUAUUUCCGCGAAGACAUUGGCCUAAAUCUUCACCACUGGCACUGGCAUUUGGUGUACCCGUUUGAGGGACCACAAAGCGUUGUUAACAAAGAUAGGCGUGGUGAACUUUUCUAUUACAUGCAUCAACAGAUCAUAGCCAGAUAUAAUAUGGAACGGUUGAGCAAUGGUAUGAAUAGAGUAGAACGCUUGACUCAUUGGAAUGAUCCAUUGACAGAAGGUUACUUUCCGAAAUUGGAUAAUAUUAUGGCCAAUACCGUGUGGCCGUCUAGACCAGCCAACUCGAGACUAAGUAAUAUAAACAGAGCUGCAGAUCAAGUAGCAUUUGAUAUAGAAGACCUAGAACGAUGGAGAGACCGUAUAUUCGAUGCUAUACAUUCUGGAUUUAUUGUAGAUACUAACGGUAGACAAGUUCGAUUAACCGAACAAGGAGGAAUUGACAUAUUGGGUAAUAUUAUAGAGGCUAGUACACUGAGUCCAAAUCCAAAUUUGUACGGCACUCUUCAUAACAAUGGCCACCUUGCCAUUUCCUAUAUCCAUGAUCCCGAUAAUAGAUAUUUGGAAAACUUUGGUGUUAUGGGUGACUCGGCAACUGCAAUGCGUGAUCCCAUAUUUUACCGCUGGCAUGCGUAUAUUGACGACAUAUUCCAAGAAUUUAAAUCUACAAUACCUAGCUACACUGUUCAAAAUUUGACAUUCGAAAAUGUGAGAGUACAAAGUGUUGAAGUAACGGCUACCGGAAUACCGCGUAACGAGUUUGCGACGUUCUGGCAAAAAAGUGACGUUGAAUUAUCUAGAGGCUUAGACUUUUUGCCUCGUGGACCGAUAUUGGCUCGAUUCACUCAUUUACAACAUGCUCCAUUCAACUAUAAAAUUGUUGUUGAAAAUAAUGGAAACCAACGAACUGGAAAAGUUAGAAUUUUUAUUGCUCCCAAAUUGGAUGAACGUGGUUCCCCAAUAUUAUACAGAGAUCAGAGGAAACUAUUUGUCGAACUUGAUAAAUUUAGUGUAUCACUAAAGAGAGGAAGAAAUGAAAUAACUCGUUCAUCUUUGGAGUCAUCAGUAACCAUACCACAUGAAGCAACUUAUCGUAACUUAGAUAAUAACCGUCCUGCUGACAAUACAGCUGAAGCGGAAGCAUUUAAUUUCUGUGGUUGUGGAUGGCCUCAAAACUUGUUAAUACCCAAAGGAUCUGCAGAGGGACUGCAAUGUCAAUUGUUUGUCAUGGUGUCUGACGGCACGAUCGAUCAGGUGGAGAACGCACAAGGGGCCGAUCAAACAUGUGACGACGCUUCCAGUUAUUGCGGUCUGCGCAACGCUCGAUAUCCGGAUUCUAGGUCUAUGGGCUAUCCGUUCGACCGGGUACCUCGCAACGGCGUGGUAACCCUCCAACAAUUUUUGACGCCAAACAUGAUCGCACAGGACGUCCGCAUACGUUUCGCGAACCGUACCGUGUCGUCUUUUGCAAAUAAUAGCAGACCAUCAGCAGGAACGAACAAUCCUCCAAGAGGUGGUAACAGACCAAGACAAUAAUGUGACGGUCAUAUGAAACGUAUACGUAAAUAUAGACCAUGAUUCUAUCUUGAUCGAUUGACCACAACAUCAACACGUUCAUCAUAUUUUCUUAUUAUUCUACAUAAUUGUGAUAAUUAUUCAAAAAAAAAAUUAUAUUUUCCAUUAUAUAUCUAUGUAACCUUAGAAGACAAUA